CCCCGGAGGCUGAGCCGGUUCCUCACUGUCUCUGAGUGCGGAACCCGAGAAACGGCUCUGUUCAUCUGAUUCGUUUUCUUAUUUAUACUGUAAUAUUUAUGGUGUUGGUCUUCUUUAUUUAUACCUGUUAGAGCUGUAUUGUGAGCCGUUCGUGAGAAGGAUAAAGCCGAGUGUGUUUUUCAUUCAUUUUCUGGAUCUUUCUUAAUAAAGAGGAAGCGACUCAACACUUCACCGCCGAGACCGACGGAACAGAGGAAGGGAUUUUUUAAAGCCAUUUUCUGAGAAUGAGCAGGACCCCUGGGAAACCAGAGAUGAGCCAUUUCAACAUUUCUCAUGACGAAGACAGCAGCAGUUCCAACAGCAAUGAGUACCCGGUUUACCUGGAAAAGAAAGUCCCCCUCAGCAGUCAGUAUCCGGACAUGGAUGCUGAGAGUCAGAACUUCCUCUCUAAUUAUCCGGGAAAUAAGAAGAAGUAUGAAACAGAAUAUCACCCUGGCACCGCCUCCUUUGGGAUGUCUGUUUUCAACCUGGGCAAUGCCAUCAUGGGCAGUGGAAUCCUUGGCCUGUCGUAUGCCAUGGCCAACACUGGCAUCGCACUGUUUGUCAUUCUGCUGAUAGCUGUGUCCAUAUUCUCCCUCUACUCUGUGCAUCUGCUCCUCAAGACUGCCAAUGAAGGAGGCUCUUUGAUCUAUGAGCAGUUGGGCUACAAGGCUUUUGGCUUACCAGGGAAGCUGGCAGCAUCCUGCUCUAUCACCAUGCAGAACUUCGGAGCCAUGUCCAGCUACCUCUUCAUUGUGAAGUACGAGUUACCGAUUGUCAUCAAAGCAUUCGUCGAAAACAGUGAAGGGGAAUGGUACACCAAUGGAGACUACCUAGUCCUGAUUCUGUCUCUCGUCGUUAUUUUACCACUCUCGCUGCUAAAAAAUCUGGGCUACCUCGGUUACACAAGCGGAUUUUCGUUAUUGUGCAUGGUUUUCUUCCUAAUCGUGGUGAUCUACAAGACGUUUCAGAUCCCCUGCCCACUGCCCCUGGACAUCAUCAACAUGACAGUGAACAGCACAGUGGAACACAUUAACAGCACGGUCUGCACGCCCAAGUACUUUGUCUUCAAUUCACAGACGGUAUAUGCUGUUCCCAUUCUCACCUUUGCUUUUGUGUGCCACCCAGCCAUUCUGCCCAUGUACGAGGAGCUCAAAGACCGCUCCCGUAAGAAGAUGCAGAACGUUGCCAACGUGUCAUUUUUCGCCAUGUUUAUCAUGUAUCUGCUGGCUGCUCUAUUUGGCUACCUGACCUUUAAUGAUGCCGUCGAGUCUGAGCUCCUGCACACAUACUCCAAGGUGUACAGAUUCGAUGUAGUGCUGCUGAUUGUGCGUCUGGCCGUGCUGACUGCUGUCACUCUUACUGUCCCCGUGGUUCUCUUCCCUCUCCGUACCUCAGUGAACCACCUGUUAUGGCCCUCGAAAGAGUUCAGCUGGAUCCGCCACACUAUAAUCACUUUCGUUCUGCUGAGCUUCGUCAGUGUGCUCGUCAUCUUUGUCCCCAGCAUCAAGGAUAUCUUUGGAUUCAUCGGUGCUUCUGCUGCUGCUAUGUUGAUCUUCAUCCUGCCCUCUGCCUUCUACAUCAAACUGGUGAAGAAGGAGCCCAUGAUGUCAGUCCAGAAGAUAGGGGCAGCCGUGUUCCUUGCCGGCGGUUUCAUCGUCAUGUUUGGUAGCAUGACGCUAAUCAUCCUGGACUGGAUCAACAACGCUGCUGGUUCAAAGGCCCAAGAGAAUGGUCACUAAGGGGCACAGUCCCAGCGCAAGUGACAGGCAGGACGGACACGUCUCCAGCGUCUCUGAUCCGCUGUCAAGCCCGUCACUUCUCUGAUCACUAAAACUGUAAAUGUACACAAAAGAAAGUGCUCUUCUUCCAGCUCAGAGCAAAGACCUACAUACCAUUCUGAGAGAAUGUCCUGAACUUUGUACAGUAUGCUGUUAGACCACAAAGAUGGUGAUUUUUUUUCUUAUAUUUUUGUUGCUGUGAUCAGUUUUUCAGUUGUUUCCUGCUCUUCUGUCCUUUUUUUUAGUAUUUCUUGUGCAGUUGAAACAUAUGGCAAUUGUUUCACAGCAUUUGCAAACAUCUUGCAAGUGAGAGACUAGCUCAGCGCAAGAUUGCUUCAGGUUUAGCUUUUCCAACUUAACCAAAACCCAAGCAGCUCCGAGCCACAACACACGAAGCAGUGGCAGACUUACUUUACCUGAGGCUGACGGCCUGGCUUUUUGACUUCUCUUUUUACCUUUGCCAAAAAUAUUUCCUACUGGUUUGUAUAUUGAAAAGCACUUAAUAUUCAGCACAUAUGUGAACGUUGUCAGCUCAGACAUCACAACACUGCUUUGAGUAUUUGUUACGAUGCCAUUUUGACUGUACUACUUUAGUCAUCUUUACUUGUUAAAAAAAAAAAAAACUUGCUUAGAUCUACUAAUGAACAAAGUGCAUAUUCAUAGUUGUUCACCUGAGGUUAUGGUUAGUGAAACAGCGGAAUGGAUUUACUGUAACGCACACUGUAAUCUUAUUUAAGAACUAGGCAACAUUUUUUACAGCAAUAACCUCUUUGCUCAAAAGGCAAGACUGAAAGUUUGAUUGCUGUUCUUCUCUCAGAAGGCACCAAAGUUUUUCUUUAGGGAAGAAUGCAAUUUUAUUUUAGCCACAUACAGUGGUUGUACAGUAUUGAUGAACCUUACCUUAAAAUUGUGUAUGCUUUUUAAAGGCAGAGCCUCACAUUGCUGAAAAGACGGUACGUUACAACUUCUCAGGCGGAGUAGGGGGAGGAGUGGGAAAAGGUUUUCUGUGUUUGUACGACUUCGCUUGCCGUCUCAGUGUUAGCCAUCGGCAGCUUAAUGUUACUUUGCUCGUUCACCUGAGGAGAGAGAGAGGGAGAUGGAAAAGGACAGAAAACACAAAAAGGACAAGAGAAUUGAGAUGACAGAUGUCACGUCCACUGGUCAGUGUCAUGAGCCCGUUGAGUGAAAUAGCUGCCUGCAUGCAGCCUUGACACACUAGUAAAACCUCACUGUGCUUCCAAUCGCUAACCUCAUAUGUCAUCUAAGACGUUAUUGUCCAACACUUAUUUAUGGAAGAACAUCAAUGUAAUUUAAACUAUUUUACUAUAUUUAUAUAUUGUAAAUAUCUGUAUAUACCAGCCAGCUGAAGUGUGUGUGUGUGUGUAUAUAUAUAUAUAUAUGCGUUCCUUUUUUUGUCAGUUUUGCUCAAUAUGUUUUAACUAUGAAAUCAACUGUUGAACUGAGUGGUCUCAUACGUGUAUUGCCAACUGGUUUUUGGGGUACGGAUUUAGAUCCUUGAUGGGCUUCCCUCCAUCACUGGCUGAAAAUGAGGGACUGCAUUCUGGAGUGGUUUCCUGAACAGAGCACGGUUCCCCCCUACUCUAGCAACUUGUGGGUUGGCUGUGGCACACAUUUUCUUUACACUACUACUAGACUGCUGUAGUUACGAGAGGGCUAGGAGAGCGUCCCUCCAGGCCAUUCCUACAAGUGCUACACUCUUGUUUCAAUGAAACACUAUGUAUAUCAUGUAAUUAAUGUUCAUUAAAGUAUACUGAUAACACA